AUGCGGUUGUGGUGGAUUUUACUGUUUGGUUUUUGGAGUGUCUGUGGGGAACUGCCAUUCAUAGCAGAGAACAAUGCAGCUAUGUUGGUCAACUGGAAUGCUGUUGAUGGGAAUAAAAAGCUGUACGCUAUCUACGACACAAGCGUCAACGAGCCGGGAAACAUGUCUUUUGUUAAAGAGACUGUGGAUAAACUGUUGAAGGGAUAUGAUAUUCGUCUACGUCCGGACUUUGGAGGUCCACCGGUUGCUGUUGGCAUGAGUAUAGACGUGGCAAGUAUAGAUAUGGUGUCAGAAGUCAACAUGGACUACACGUUGACUAUGUACUUCCAGCAGUAUUGGAGAGAUAAGAGACUGGCCUAUUUAGGGAUCCCUCUCAACCUGACGCUGGACAACAGAGUAGCAGACCAGCUCUGGGUACCAGACACCUACUUCCUCAAUGACAAGAAGUCCUUUGUGCACGGCGUCACAGUGAAAAACAGAAUGAUUCGACUUCACCCGGACGGCACUGUUCUCUAUGGCCUCAGGAUCACAACAACAGCAGCCUGCAUGAUGGAUCUGAGGAGAUACCCGCUGGACGAACAGAACUGCACCCUGGAAAUUGAGAGUUACGGUUACACAACAGAUGAUAUCGAGUUCUACUGGAAAGGAGGAGACACUGCUGUGACCGGGGUGACGCGUAUUGAGCUCCCUCAGUUCUCCAUAGUGGACUACAAACUGGUCUCCAGGAAUGUUGUCUUUUCCACAGGUGCCUACCCUCGACUCUCUCUGAGCUUUAAGCUGAAGCGAAACAUCGGAUACUUCAUCCUGCAGACGUACAUGCCCUCCACUCUCAUCACCAUCCUAUCCUGGGUGUCGUUCUGGAUAAAUUAUGACGCCUCGGCUGCCAGAGUUGCAUUAGGGAUUACCACUGUGCUGACCAUGACAACCAUCAACACCCAUUUGAGAGAGACGCUACCCAAGAUCCCCUACGUCAAAGCUAUAGACAUGUACCUGAUGGGCUGCUUCGUCUUUGUCUUCCUGGCUCUGCUGGAGUACGCUUUCGUCAACUACAUCUUCUUUGGACGAGGUCCUCAGAUGCAGAAGAAGCUGGCUGAGAAGGCGCAGAAGGCAAUUGAGGACCGGAAUAAAUUUGAGAGGCCCAAGUCCAUUCUGGAAGGAGGCAAUUGCAAGUCUUCGUCUAUUAAACAGUCCAAUCAGGUACAAGGGCGUCGUCACUCACGAGGGGUCGACUCCCAGGGGAACAUUUUGCUGACAACCUUGGAGAUCCACAACGAGGUGGGAGGAAAUGAAAUCACAACCACCGUGAGCGAGACUCACAACUCCACCUCCAUGGUGUUCGACAACUCGGGGGUCCAGUACAGGAAGCCGAGCGGGACGCGCGACUCGUGCCGCCACAGCCUGGACAGGAACGCACAUCUAAAGAAGACCCGUCUGCGGAGACGAUCCUCGCAACUCAAAAUCAAAAUCCCAGACCUCACUGAUGUGAACACCAUCGACAGAUGGUCACGGAUAAUAUUCCCCUUCACCUUCUGCUUCUUCAAUGUAAUCUACUGGCUUUAUUAUGUGAAAUAA